CUUGACCAAGGUAAGAUGGGGCCAAGAGUGACUGGAAAACGGACUUAUAAAAGCUCGGAAUGGGGUGGGAAACAUACCAGUCAAGGAGUAACAUUUGAGAGCCUGCGUCCCCUUCAAAGGUCCUGAAUUCUUUAUUUCCCCACUGGUUUGCGCCACCUCCAGAUGAGUUUUUACACGCUGUUUGUAACUUCCCUCUGUACUCUCGUAUUGCCGCUUCUGCUGAUAGCGGCGGCGGUGAAACUGUGGGAGAUGUACGUCAUCAGUGGAUGCGACCCAACCUGUCGUGGUGCGCUGCCGCCGGGUACUAUGGGACUGCCGCUACUGGGAGAGACGCUGCAGAUGGUCCUUCAGAGAAGAAAGUUCCUGAGAAUAAAACGUCAGAAAUAUGGGUACAUAUAUAAAACCCAUCUCUUUGGGUGUCCCACGGUGCGGAUAAUGGGCUCGGAGAAUGUCAAGCAGAUUCUCCUGUCAGAGCACAAGCUAGUUGCAGCGCAGUGGCCAGCCUCGGUGCGAAUCAUCCUCGGUUCGCACACCCUCUCCAACGCCCACGGCGCGCAUCACAAGAGCAAAAAAAGGGCUAUCUUGAAAGCGUUCUCCCGGGAAGCACUGGAGCAGUAUAUCCCUGUAAUCCAGGAGGAGGUGAGAGGCGCGGUGGACGGCUGGCUACAGAGCGACACCUGUGUCUUUGUCUACCCCGAGAUGAAGCGACUCAUGUUCCGAAUUGCGAUGAGGAUUUUGCUGGGGUUCGAGCCGGAUCAAACAAAGGCGGACGAGCGAGAAUUAGUGGAGGCGUUUGAAGAAAUGACAAAGAAUCUUUUCUCUUUACCCAUCGAUGUUCCUUUCAGCGGAUUGUAUCGGGGGUUGAGAGCACGCAAUAUCAUCCACUCCAAAAUAGAGCAGAACAUCAAGAAGAAGCUUCUCAAAACGUGUGAAAACAACAACUAUAAGGAUGCUCUUCAGUUAUUGAUAGAGAAUGGUGAGAAGAACGAUGAGAGACUGAGCAUGCAGGAAAUCAAGGAAUCAGCAACAGAAUUGUUAUUUGGUGGCCAUGAAACGACAGCUAGCACGGCCACCUCUAUGGUCAUGUUCCUGGGGUUGCACGCACACGUGGUGCGUAAAGUUCGGCAGGAGUUACAGGAAAAGUAUCUUAUGGGAAGUCAGGGAGAGGACAAGCCCUUGGACAUGGAGCGGUUGGAGCAGCUCAAGUACACCAGCUGUGUCAUCAAAGAGACCCUGAGGAUCAACCCGCCUGUUCCCGGGGGCUUCAGAGUUGCACUCAAAACCUUUGAGCUAAAUGGCUACCAGAUUCCCCAGGGUUGGAACGUCAUCUACAGCAUCUGUGACACCCAUGAUGUCCUGGAAGCUCUGCCCAACAAGGAGGAGUUCCAGCCGGAGCGCUUCCUGGAUAACAAGUCACCAGAAGACUCUGCCCGUUUUGGCUACAUCCCUUUUGGAGGCGGGGCCAGAACCUGUGUGGGGAAAGAGUUCGCCAAAGUCCUGCUAAAGGUCUGUGUGGAGCUGGUCUCCAGAUGUGACUGGAGGCUGUUGAACGGACCCCCAACCAUGAAAACAGGCCCCACUGUCUACCCCACUGACAACCUGCCCACCAAGUUCACCAGCUGUCCAGAACCUUAGGACCUAGAGGAUAGUGUCUCAUGUACAGACAUAGGCCCUAACAUUGAAACAAGAUUUUGGUUAGACUUGAGAUGAUCUGAGUUAAAGUGUCAUCUAAUGGGACAUGUGCUGAUACUUUAUAAGGAACUAUAUGGAAUUUAGUUAGAAUUCAGCAAUGAAGAAAUUAACGCACUCAUGUUAAUAUUUGAGAAUAACUUCACAUGUAUUUUUCGGAUUGCAUGUAUAUAUUUUUCCACCGCUAGAUAUUUAUGGAAAUUGAAUGGAUGCAUUUAAAGGUACUUUAUGUUGCAAUAAAUUGCUGAGACAAUUACGUUUAUGUAAACCAUUGACAUUUUAUGCAGUUAUUUUGUUUGCAGUUUUUGUGUCCCCUUUGGAUAAUAU